AAAUUCGUACUCAAAGCAUUCAUACAGAGAUAUGGUCGUCAAAAGUACAGAAACAUACGUUACCUAUGGUAACGUUUGUUUCAUCAAAUAAAUCUCUCAUUCUGGCCAUAAAGGGUCUGGAAUUUCAUUAAUAUUAUAAGUUGUUAUUACAGUCCCCUGCAUAGUAUUGUUAAAUAUUAAAAAAAGUCGUACUAGAAACUCUUUGCAAAGAUGUAUUAUAACAGAAAAGUUCAUUAAUGUACAUUUUACAAUUUACAUCUUUGAGUAGAUGUAAAAAUAAAUCUUUUAAAAAUGGGAGUAAGUUCCGAAUUAUUUUUUAUUAGAAUAGAAGUAUUCUAUUAGUUACAUGCAAUUUAUUACAACAUGAAACAUUAUUUAGAAUAUUUUAUUUAAUACGACCUUUAGUCUCUUACGGUAACGUAUGUUUCAGAAUGCCAGAUUCAGAUUCAGCCGAGAUUCAGAAGCACUACAGUGAGCGUAAGAAGGCCUCAGAUGGUAAGAUGUUCCUGCUUCAUGCUGUAUGUGUGACUCAUACACAUUACUGGACACUGGGAAAUCAGAUAACACAAAAGUUGAAAUCUAGUUCCCCAAGUACAUAUUACGAUACAGGCGACUACAUCGCAGCUGUUUAUGAAGGAGACUAGUAUGCUGGCGAGAGUGUGAAGGUACAUCCGGAUGUCGAUGAUUAUGAUUACAAGGUUACUUUCGUGCAGAAAAAGAAAGCGUUGUUCCCAUGGCACAGCAAUGAAGAUGUUGUCUUGAGAGAAAAGUCCCAUAUACUGUUUAAAAUUAGCCACCUGAUCGCGUCUAGAAAGUCAAAGAGAAUGUUUCAAUUACCGAUGACGGACACUGCUGAAGCAGAGAUGUUUCACGAAACUGUAGAAAUGUAACAUACUUUACAGCAAGCAGAAAUUACCCAACGACACAAUGAUAGGAACAUUAUGAUAAUUUAUGUUUUCUGUAUAAAGGGUUGAGACAAAGCGUUUUGCUUUUAAAGACAUAAAACAUAAAACUAUACCAUUGACAUAGCCAACGUAUGCAUGAUCCUGGUAAACCUGUGUAUCUUUUUAUAGAUCCAUUCUUAUGCAAUUUUGAAUUGUUAGUCUGAAAGGUUUUCCACUAAACUGUUGUCUGAUAUGAAUUAUUCUGCAGUAAUAUGUUGACCGUCUUUCACUAAUAAUUCUUACUUAACUUGAAACAUACGUUACAUGAAAAACAAAGAAAACAUGUCACAUUCUUACUAAAUUUGGAUAUUAGCAAACGAAGUUAAACUUAUUUUAAUCGGUUCAACUUACCAUUUUCGUAGACAAAUGUUAAGCAAUACAUUAUAAUAAACAUUUCAGUCACAUUGUUUUACAUUUCAAUACAGUGGAAUUGAUAUGAUGCGACUAUUUACGUACACAUUCAUAUUAGCAUAAAACGUAGUAUUCAUCCAUAAAAACACCUCAGUUUCUGGUUUUGAGCAAAACAUACGUCGGCUAUGUCAUACGCCCCUUCUAUUUCGUUGCUCAUAGCGUUCAUUAGUCAGUUAAUGUUUGUGAAACCUACGUUACUAUUCAGAGGCAUUUUAUUCUUGAUUUUUUUUUCAUGGCAAGUAUCAGAUAAGUAACCUAUAUAACAGUUGUUUUCUCUAGUUUAGAUGUUUAAAUAACUCAUUGUUAGACACUUGGUUUAAUAUAUUAAAACAUCUUGUAGUUACACGUUUUGAAAAAAUACAAAAUUAUUGUAUUUGUAUUUUUUUGUGUUUGUUUUGUAAAACACUUUAUUUUCAGUUUGCCAUGUACAGUUAAUAAUCAAUGUCAGCGCUUUUGUGAACAACCUUUAGCUGUAUAUACGACUACCUUUUCAAAAGGCAUUUGCAAAACGGGUUGUUCUAUACAAACUUUCAUUUAUAUAUUACAAUAAUUAUUACUGGUGGUAAUGAAACUAACGUUACUGCUGAAAUUACAGUGCCUUUAUUCAAAUAGCUUUCAUUAAAAAAUUAAAAAGAGAUUGUUGGAAUUUAUUUUGGUAUUUGAUUCUACACACCCAUGGCUUCAAAAUACGCUCUAAUUAAUUGAAAAUUACAGCAGCUGAUUUUUCAUUUAUUCUAAAUCUCAAUUGUUCUAUCUUAUUGAGAAUUAGCGUACAUUUAGAGAGGGCAUGUCGGAUGAACAUUUUUGUGAUGUGUCUAAGAACAUUUUACGCCCAAGUAACUGUGAAGCCCUCAAAGAAACAAGAGUUAAUUCAGGUGUUUGGUCAGUUCUGAAGCCAACCACACAGACAGAGGACUCUAAGAUGCGAGGUAUUCAGAAUAGUAUCGUAAAAGCAGCCUGUAACAUUGUGAAAAUUAUGGAUAAAGGCAGUCAAAUGUUCGAUGAUGAGAUGUUAGUUUGGGGUACUGAUGCAAUUGGUCUUCUAGGACAUGCAAAUCGAUGGAUUAAUAUCCGUAGAAGAGACUUGCAUAAGAGGGAUAUGGAUCCGAAACUACACCACCUUUGUUCACCCAUGGUUCCUUUCACAGACCAACUUUAUGGUGACUCUAUGAUCAAAGAUAUCAAAGAUAUCCAGGAGCUCAAUAAGAUCAGCAGAAAUGUAGUUAGAGGUGGUGGUAGUGGACGCUUUAGAGGUCGUCAGUUUAGAGGCCGUAGGUUUCAACCUUACAGCAGACGUGCACCUUCUGGGCGUAUGAGAUCUGGUACUGGUAGAUCCCGACAAGGGAUGAGAGAUCAGAAGAAGUCUACCACUUUCCAGGCAGCCUAAUUCCUCGUGUGUUGAUGAAGCUGAGAGAGGAUGCAGGCGAGUGUAUUCUUGUAGCUCCUUUGUGGACGAACCAGAGCUGGUUUCUGGCUGUAAUGGAAAUGUUGAUUUCCAGUCCUUACAUUCUUCCGAAGGAACGGAAUUUACUGACGUUACCAGGAACGGUGAAGGUACACCCUUUGUACAAAAAACUCAUACUGAUGGUUUGUCGCUUAUCAGGAAAACCCUCCAAAAACGAAACAUUUCAGUCAGGUCUACAGACAUUAUUAUGGCCUCAUGGAGGUCAGGAACUCAGAAACAAUAUAACAUGUACUUACGAAAGUGGUUUCAGUACUGUAAUCAAGAACAAAUUAAUAGUUUUCAAGCAACUAUAGGUAAUGUUACUGAUUUUUUGACACAUUUAUUUGAACUUGGAUUAACAUACAGUGCUUUGAAUACAGCACGUUCAGCUUUGUCUGCUAUAGGGAUUAUAAUAGAUGGGUUUACAAUUGGGGCUCACCCUCUUGUCAUUAGAUUUUUGAAGGGUGUAUAUAAUUUAAAACCACCGAAAUCCAGAUACUGUGAUACUUGGAAUGUCUCAGAUGUGUUAAAAUUCUUAAAGACAUUAACUCCUGUCACUGAAAUCAGUUUGAAGUUAUUAACUCUUAAAUUAGCAAUGUUAAUAGCAUUAACUACAGCUUCACGUUCCCAAAAUUUACAUUUACUGUCUAUUAGAAACAUGAGGAAGGAAUCCUGUAAAUAUGUUAUGUUUUAUAGUGGGUUGUUAAAGCAUAGUAGAAGGGGUAAGGUUACCCCACAUAUUGAACUUCAUGCAUACACAUUAGACAAUAGAUUAUGUGUGUACAAUACUUUGACUGAGUAUCUAAGUAGAACAAAGGACCUACGAGGUAAUCAGGAAUGUUUAUUUAUAAGUUACAUUAAACCUUUUGGGCCUGUGUCAAGCAACACAAUAAGCCGCUGGAUUCGCACAGUGAUGUUCAGUUCCGGUAUUGACUGUAGUAAAUAUAAGGCACAUAGUGUUCGUUCAGCCUCCACUUCCAAAGCAAAUGUUAACAAUGUGCCAAUUAGUGACAUUCUUAAAGUUGCAGGCUGGACAAAUGCAGUAACUUUUGCUCAUUUUUAUAAUAAGACUGUAAAGGAUGCUGGUGCUGAAUUUAGUUCUGCAAUACUAUCUACUACUGAGACUUAGUAAUAUAUUUUACUGUGUGGAACAUACAUUAUAUACUGUGAGUCAUGCUUGUUAGGAGGUAAAGGACAUUUGUAUGAUGUAAUGCGUCAUGUGUACCAUAAUGAUGCGUGUGAAUAAAAUGACUGUGCUUUCUAUUUAAUUUUAUUCUGGUCUUUCUACUACAGUUGAUAUUUGAUGUUCAGCUUGGGUGACGGGUUUCUUUCCCAAAAGUUUCGGCUUUGAAAUCUCAUCUGUGAACUGAGGUGUGUUAUGACG